UUUAAAGUGAUUUUUUCCCGCGGUUAAGUUGUGCAUUACGUACGUCAUGAUGACGUACGUAACGCUGACCAAUGGGAUCAGCGUAGCGAUGUGGCAACUCCGCUCACGCUGCUUUAAAGUUAGACGACAUCGGUAUUUAGCCAUCUUGAAUUCUUGUUGGGUUAUGAUAGGUUAGGUUUAUUUAUGUUUGGUCGAUCUUAGUGUUAACGUUUUUUAAUUUGCUCUCAUUGAAGCUUAAAAUAAUUUAAAAAGUUAGUCGUUUCCAUUAUUUGACAUUGUUUGUUUAAAGACGGUGAGUAGAAUUGGCCGUUUAAUAUUUACCACUUACCAAAACCUUUUACAGCGACUUACAACUUAAAAUUGUGUAGGAAGAUUAUCUGGGAAAAUACGGCACAGAAUAAAUAGUCACAAUGGAAAGUGAAUAUGAGCAAGCUACUUCUACCAAUCUCCCUGUAGUUGAUGAUGUAAUGAUAGAUUUGUAUUAUCGAAGAAAUGUGAAUUUUCUGAUACCAGGUGUUGAAAAUGUGAAAACCGAACGUGGAGCUCGUGCAACUUACGGCGACGAUGCUGUUGGUUAUGUGCAGUUGAGACGACACGAUGAGAUUUGUACUGUCAAAGCUUUGAUUGCACCAGAACAUAAAGUUCGCCUAAAAGGCUAUGAAGUUUCAGUAACAAUAAAUGAGUCUGAACAAUGCAUAAUUGACUCAAAGUGUUAUGACUGUGCUGCAAGUGAAGGUGGUUGUAAACAUGGUGUAGCCUUACUGUUCUGGUUAUACAGACGCACCUUGGAGCCUUCAGUGACUUCUGUUGAAUGUUAUUGUAGGAAGUCUACUCUGUCUAAAGUUGGCAGUACUAUAAAAGGGCAAAGAAUGAGAGAGUUGUUUAAUUUUCGGCAAGUUCCUUCUUUACCAACAAAAGGGACGGCAUUUUUGGACAAAUUAAUUUCUACCGCAUUAAAAUCAGAUAGUCAUUCAAUUCUUGCUAAGAUGUAUAAGAGUGAAGUGAAUAUUUUGGAGAAAGCUUCGUUGUACCAUUUAUGUCUUUCUUAUAAAAAAACGACUGAUGCACCAGAUGCAGAAGACUUCAUAUCGUUUUGCCAAAAUAAUUUAAAUAGUGAAAUUUGCAAAAGUAUAAAUACUUUAACAAUAUUGCAGUCACAAUCUAAAGCCUGGUUUGAUGUUAGAUAUGCGAGAAUAACAGCUUCAAAACUGCAUGAAGUUGCUCACUGCAAAACUGUUGAUGGAGCUAUAACUGCUGCAGUUCUGGCAGCAUCAAAAUUUAGAGGAACAAAGGCCAUGAAAAGAGGCCUUAACCUUGAAGAAGAUGUCUUAAAAGUCAUAGGUGAGAAGAAAAAUAUUAAAUUAGAAAGAGUAGGAAUGACCAUAAAUCAUAUGUACCCAAUAUUUGGUGCCUCGGCAGAUGCAAUGUCUGAUAAAUAUUGCGUUGAAAUAAAAUGUCCAAUAAAGACAAAUACUGUAAAAAAUUACAUUACGCCAGAGGGUGAAAUAACUCCUAAACCAUAUGCACAACUGCAGCUGCAAAUGUUUCUUAAUAAAAAACAAUGGGGUUUAUUUUGUGUUGCAUCUCCAUCUUUUGAAACGGACAGAAAUGUGACUAUAAAGGAAAUUCCUUUGGAUGAAAAUUUUUGUCACAAUGUAAUGGAGCAGGCACAAGCUUUUUGGAAAAAAGCGAUUUUUCCAAUUUUAAUUAACUGACGUUUUCAAUAAUUAUACUUAUUUAUUUCAUAAUUAUUUCUUAUUCAUUUCAAUAAUAAAUAAAUCUAAAUCCCGUUAUACCCCAAUC